AUGGAUGUUCAAGGGAGCGCACAGCCUGACCGCGUGCGCAAGCGCCGCCGCCGCACAAUGGCGUGCACGCAGUGUCGCACGCUCGACACACCUCGGGAUUCGGGGAUACCGACGGGGUCAACUCGGACAGAAUCUUUCCCAACUAGUGAACCACCUCGCAGGGCUAUGGCCGGCGGUCCAAUGCAUCACGAAUAUCAUGGUCUUAUGGGGCAUGCUCUUGCGCCGCCCUACAGAGGUCAGCCACAUGACAGAGAGCGAAAGGACUGUUUUUUGGAAACCGUUCUCGGUGCUCCUAAGGCUGCUGUUAAUCAGGAAACCUACGUAAACACGAGUAUUUUACAUCGUCCCAAGCGCCUAGCACCUGCAUCGGAGCUGGGUAUGCAAAUACCGUCGCAGGUCGACGAUGCGCACGUUGACGAAGAAGAAGCCCCAUUGUCGCCUACGGAUCAGCUGGACCUCGCCCCUCGCAUGAUGAUGAGGGGCCGUGAAACUAAAACACGAUUUAGUGGAUCGGGCAUCUUUGCUAGUCUAGUAGCACAGUUUCCGGAUAUUAAGUCAUUUGCAGAGGAGAUCAGGCUUUCUGCCCCGAUCUUCACCCAACUUCAGCCGGAUCUAAGAAGAGUCAAGGGCGGUCUAUUCAAACUUAUGGUGCUCAAUCAAUCCUUUCCCGACCCUACUACCGCUUCACUAAUAAACUUGCUACCCUCGCGUGCUGUGGUUGAUGAGCUGGUUCGGUUGUAUAUCACUCAUAUCGAGUUCACUCACCGCAUUCUUCACGUUCCAUCUUUCUUACGAGAGCUUGACCAAUUCUGGGCCAUGUUAGACAGCCCGGCCUCAACAUCUGCUGCAUUUGCAGUUCAACUAUUAUUGGUCCUUGCCUGUGCAUGGAACCUUGCAGACCUUGCUAGCCUGCAGGCAAAAAGUGCGGGCGAACUUAAGUGCCAGUCUGCGGUGGAGUGGACAUUACACGCAGGAAAAUGGAUUGAGAAUCUCCACACCAAGCGUCCUGAAAUUAACUCACUGCGACUCUCUAUUUUAUUGAUUUUGGCGCACAACUCCCACGGAAUGAAACGCAGUCAGGCUUGGCUCGCAACAAGCACAUUGGUUAAGCAAGCCAUGAUGGCAGGCUACCACCGCGACCCAAGUCGUUACACACGGAUCUCUGUAUUCAACAAGGAGAUGCGACGGCGAAUCUGGAUAACCAUCGUGGAAAUGGACCUGCAAAUUGCUCUUGAUCGGGGAAUGCCGCCGUCAGUACAAACCUUUGACUAUGAUGUAGCUCCGGGGCUGAACAUUUUCGACGACGAGAUCCACGAGAACAGCACUGAAGCCCCUGAAAGCCGGCCACUGAGUGAAGUUACCGACUCAUCGUUCCAGUCUAUCCUGUGUUGCUCGCUACCUCUUCGUCUUCAAGCUUGUUCCCUCAUGCACUCCCCACGGAUCAGCUGUCGAUAUGAGGAUAUUCAGCGCCUGGACGGCGAGCUCAAUCGGCAUCUUUCUCGGAUUCCCGCGUGGACAACAGCCGAAACCAACGAUAUCGUCACCCAACAUAAAGUAAUAUUGUGGAAAGGGUUGAUUGAGACCAAACUUUGCCAAUCUCUCCUGUCUGUCCACACCCCUUUUGCCAUUGAAGCACGGCGAGAAUCACUUUUUGCACCCUCCGCGCGUACUCGCAUGGAUGCCGCAACCAGGAUACUGUCAAGCCAGCGCCGGCUAAACGAGAUCUCGCGAACUCUAUCGUUAUGUACGCUUGGUGAAUGGACCAUCCAAGCCUACAUUUCCAUCUGCCAAUCGCUACACACAACCGAAUUCGACACCUCUUCCCCUUCCCAUCCCCUCUCGUCAAGCUUUAAUCUCCACAAUAUUCCCGGUAUCCCCGAAUCACUCCUAUCACUCGUAGAAACGGUCUUAGUUGCCUUUGAAGAGCGCUCUCUUUUGAUUACAAAGGGGGCAAAAGACUACUCUUUCCUCUCAACGAUCGUGGCACUAGUCAAAUCCCGACUCUGGCCGGCACAGGCAACCAUGUACAAGCAGCAGGUCGUCAAGCGGGUCCUGUCGUUUGCGCAGAUUCUCUUCGAUCGGCACAUGAACUGUGAUCACCUCGGCGACCAGGGGAUGGGCAGUUUCAAAAACAACCAGCUGGCCGCAUUCAUGGCGGCUCCAACAAUGGUGCCUGUGAUGCAGCCCGAAUUUGAUCCCAAUGGGAUUCAACCGCCGCCGCAGCCUGGCGUGAUAUCGCCUGGCGAGUUCGAUCCGUUCUUGGAGAUCUUUGAUUGGGAGGAUCUGACAAGCAUGACGUUUCCCUGUUGA